GAUAUUGCUAGGUUAAAAUAUGUACGUCAACAAGACGCUUGCCCUUACGCUGCGCCAAGAUAUUUUAUCAAUUAAUCGACUUUUGCAAGAAAUAAGCAAAACAUAUCAGUUAGAGCUUACUAAUUCAUGGUUAUUUCCCACAAAAUCUUGUAGUGUUUUAUGCGAAACUAUUAUAAACCAGAGUUUGGAUGAGUAUCCUUAUGAAAAGUGCUUGGAAAUUUUAGUUGACAGGUUGUAUGUGUUUAAUAAUAUUAUCUUACUACACCUAAAAAAGGAAAAAAGAUCUACAAAUAGUUCGCUAGUAGUACAACCAACCAAACCUUCCAUAGGGAUAUCCAUAAGACUUAUAUGGGAGUACAUCACUAAACUUUGCAAUACAAGAAUACAACAACAAAAAAUUGCCAAUAAAUUAACUACAGAAGAACUCAUGGACCGAGCAUCCCAAACUGACAUUUGCUCUUUAAAUAGAUGCGAUAGUUGUAGCUCAGCUAUUUCCUGCAUGAAGUCAAUACUGAGAACAUUUGAGGCCCAAAAAGACCGUGUUAAUUUGAAGUACCAAAUACUCGAUAUAACCCAGUUUGGGAGCAUGAUGAAAGCCACUUCUUCCAUUGAAGAAACGUUGCAAAAUCUUUAUCGUCGAUUGCAUAAUGAAGUGAGGGAGAAAGACAAGUUAAAGAACGACAAUGAGCAGCUUAUAAAUAAAAUAAAAGGAUAUGAAUCCAAAACUGAUUUUUUAGAAGAAGAGGUACGAGUACUAAGAAAGGAGUUAGAGAAAGAUGCUCAAGAGAUAACAACUUUCAAAGAAGAAAAUAGCAAAUUAUCAGAGCUGACAGCUAAUCAAUAUAAGAAGAUAAGUCAUUUAGAAAAAACCCUUAAUAACUUUAGUAUCUCUUUUCAAUCAAUGUCAAAAGGCAACUGCAAACUAAAAUCACAAAAUAAAAUAUUACAAUCAAAUGUUGAAACCAGCUUAAGUCUUUUGCGAAAGUGCCAUAGUUCUUUGACAAGCAAACUGUUAAAACUAGAUGAUGAAUUUAUUAUCAUCAAAGCUAUUUUGGAACAGUAUGAAAAAUCUGUUAAAGAAGUAAAUGCCAAGUUGGUAAAGAUUGUGAAAAAUAUUGGAAAAAUUGAUCUUAAGGUCACUCAUAAAUUUGACACAAAAGAAGCAUUGCAAGAGUUGCAAAAAUAUGAAGAUUUUUGCGUAAAAAUUAAAGAAAUUUUUAAGGAAAAACUGGAAAAAUCAAAACCUUCAGAAAUCGUUUCAAUCAAAGGGAAUCCAGUUGAAGACAUCUCUAGACAAAUUGACGAUAAUAAUAGUAAAAUAAGUAUUUUGCAAAAAGAAAACGGAAGGCUAGAAAUAUUAUUAAAUAGAUUUAAGGGCAUUCAAAGAAAGUGAAAAAUAAAGUAUUUUUAAAUUACA